CAGUCCACUGUCCAGGAAUCAAUAGUCUACACAGUGUCCGGAAGCUACCAGUUAUACUUAUCCAGUCUCACUGAACUCGAACCAACCAGAAACCAAGGAGAAGCGGAGUGAAGAAGAGAUGUCGAACGAUACAGGUGCAGUGGUGUGCGUUACCGGUGGCAGCGGCUGCAUCGGAUCCUGGCUCGUCCAUCUUCUUCUGGACCGUGGCUACACUGUUCACGCCACCGUGAGAGAUAUCAAGGAUGAGAAGGAAACUAAGCAUCUAGAAGCCCUAGGAGGAGCAGAGAGUGGACGUCUCCGUCUCUUCCAAAUCGACCUCCUCGACUACCUCUCCAUCACUUCUGCCGUCAAGGGCUGCGCCGGAGUCUUCCACUUGGCUUCUCCCUGCAUCGUCGAUCGAGUGCUAGAUCCUCAGAAGGAGCUUCUGGAUCCAGCCAUUAAAGGAACGGAAAAUGUGCUUACAGCUGCAAAGGAGGCAGGGGUUAAGCGCGUGGUGGUAACGUCAUCGGUCUCGGCCAUAACUCCGAGCCCUAAGUGGCCUGCUGAUGUAGUCAAGGGAGAAGAUUGCUGGACCGACGUCGAGUACUGCAAACAAAUUGGAUUAUGGUAUCCACUAUCAAAAACGUUUGCUGAGCAGACGGCAUGGGAGUUUUCGAAGGAGAAGGGAUUGGAUGUGGUGGUUGUGAAUCCAGGAACCGUGAUGGGCCCGGUUAUCCCCCCGACACUCAAUGCAAGCAUGAUGAUGCUGCUGCGCCUUCUCCAGGGAUGCACUGAAACAUACAAGGAUUUUUUUAUGGGAUCCGUUCAUUUUAAAGAUGUAGCAUUGGCACAUAUAUUGGUGUACGAAAGUCCAUCUGCAACUGGAAGGCACAUGUGUGUUGAAGCUAUAUCUCAUUACGGUGACUUUGUAGCUAAGGUUGCUGAACUCUACCCUGAAUAUAAUGUGCCCUGCAUACCAAGGGAUACACAACCUGGCUUGUUGAGGGCAAAGGAUGCAUCAAAGAAGCUAAUGGACUUGGGCUUACAAUUUAUACCUAUGGAGCAGAUAAUAAAGGAUGCUGUCGAGAGUUUGAAGAGCAGGGGACUAAUUAUUUCUUGAUUGAAGCUGCUUGGAAACAGGAAACCCAUGGAUGGUAUAUAAAGUGGUGAACGAAUCUCCCUUUUAUAUAGAAAGCUGUAGUUUCUGGCCUUCAUUUGGCAUAGUUACUCUUUAUCUCGUCCAUUUCUAGCUUUUGAACUAUGAUGAGAGCUUCAUUGGUGAUAAUCAUAGAUGAUGUUCCAAGAGAUGGUGUCUUAUGAUUCUUAUGACUUCCUUCAUUUCAAAUAUGAAAUUGCCGUAUGACAACUUA